GUCCUCCGCUUUCCAUUUCCCGUUCUGAAAGUUCCUACAAAGCUCCCGGACACUCGAAAACAAUAAUAAUAAAAAGAUAAAUCUCCUUCCUCCCUCAAAAAAAAAACGCGACAAUGAAAUGAAAUGAAGUGAAAACUCCAAAUCAAAAGUAACCCGGGGCCAAAAGCCACGCACACCCUGUCCCUCCGAGUGCCACUUGGCGACUGGCGACUGGACACCCGCGAGCGCCGAGCCAGACCCAUGGAAGCUUCCAGAGCCCAGCGACCGUUACCCUUAAAGCGAGGCUGGCCCAGCCGUUUAUGUUCAAAUUAAAUUUAAAAUUUAAAAAGUAGAAACGCGCACCCAUAUCAGAAAAAAAUUAUAAAACAUAUAUAUAUAUUUAUAUUUCUCUUCACCACUUCCCCCCCCGCCCCGGUUCUUGGUUAGAAACUGGAGCCUUUGAGGAGCGGGCUCCGAGCGUACAAUGCCUGGGCAGCAGCCGCAGAAAGACAAAGAAAAGGACGAGGAGAAGGCUGAUGAGGAAAUGGAGCAGGAUUCUCCAGAGAAUGAGGAGAGCUCAGAUGAGGAGAGUGGCAGUACCUCUGCAUCCGAGGAGGAGGGUGAAGACAGCUCCGAGAUGGAUGAUGAGGACUGUGAACGACGCCGCACUGAGUGUCUGGACGAAAUGUCGGAUCUGGAGAAGCAGUUCACGGAUCUGAAAGAACAACUGUACAAAGAGAGAUUGAGUCAGGUUGAAGCCAAAUUGGACGAGGUGAUCGCAGGAAAAGCAACCGAGUACUUGGAGCCCCUGGCUGUCCUGCAGAAGAACAUGAAAAUCAGAACUGAGGUAGCAGGAGUGUAUAAAGAUUUGUGCUUGGAAGUAAUCAGAAACAGGUACGAGUGUGAACUGCAGGGUGCUCGGCAACAUCUGGAGAGUGAGAAGCUGCUGCUGUUUGAUAACAUGCGGAACGAGCUGUUGGAGCGAAUUCAGCGAUUGGAGGAGGACAAGCAGAGUAUAGACAUCACCUCUGAAUGGUGGAAUGAGGAGGUCCGAGGGAAACGGAACAAGAAGAAGUGCGACACCUUUAAAUCAGAGAAGAAGAAGAAGGCAGCAACUGUGUCUGGUCCAUACAUUGUCUACAUGCUACGGGACAUUGAUAUCUUGGAGGACUGGGCUGCAAUUAAAAAGGCGAAAGCAGUUGUUGCACAACAAAAAAGAAAAUCAGAUGGUGCAGGUUCUGAAGCAGCCCAUGGUAAGAAGGCAAAGGCCUCGUCCCAAGUGUUAAAUGAUACAACUUUGCCUAAACAGGAGAAGCAUUUGUACGUGGCCAAGUGUGAGGAAGGAAGACUGUUCUACGAGGGAGACUGGUACAGCAAGGGACAGAGCAUCGUACUGGAGAUAAAGGAUGAAGCGCCCUCACAUGCAACGAUUACGGCUGUCAGCACAGGAGAGGUCUGGCUCCGCAGGUUAGACGGCAGCAAAACCAAAUUGUACGUCAGCCAGCUUCAGAAAGGGAAAUACUCGAUCCACAAGGCAUGACCUUUUGACACUAAACUUCUACAAACCCUGCCACCAAGGAAAAGCUUUUAAUUGCAAAAAAAAAUGUUAUAUAGCGAUUAUAUAAAAUGAAAAGUACGUUUUGAUAAGCAGCCUUCUACCCAGGGUUUACAUGGAAGAUUAGCACUGAAGAAAGUCAGUGUGACUUCAUUAUGGAACUUACCAAGGUUAGAGGACCAUGAGCGAAUCAAAUUCUCACUCGGGCUUCUAGGGAAAAAAUACUUUGACAAAACAGCGGCUUUGGGGAGGCCGGAUAAACAGAAUUCCCCCAGUGCCUCCUCCUCCUCCCUCCAGAUUGCUCGCAAAAUUCACGAGUGGUGAAGCCAAGAGAAUAACCUAGCACUUUCUCUCUUUAUCUUUUUUUUUUUGGUGACCUACUCUGCACUAAGACUCAGAUUUGUGUGUGACGACGAAUCGCAGAAUAAUUUGAAAAAAUACCUAUGCGGAGCCUGUAUCCAACUUGCUUUAUGGUUUCGAGAUACACGGCAGAGCUCAACUGUGGAUACAGCUUUCAACUGUACAGCACUUUUUAAAAACCGGACCGACUCUAAAUCGGAGUCCUGAGCACUAAACCAUGGAGAUCGUGUGAAAAAGAAAGUUUAUUUCAAAUCUAUUGAAGCUUUAAAAAAAAGAGACAUCUAUUAAAAUAAAUAUUUGACAUUUA